GGUAGACUUGACCAUCUUCCACAUAUAAAACCAUUCAGCAUAGACUAUUUACAGACAACGUAUUGUCUUCUACUUAGACAGUAACGUCCAUUCUAAAACUUUGGUUUUACCAUAGUAAGAGAUAGGUAAAAUAAGGAACUGUUGAAUUUACGAUUGAAAAGUGAUUGUCAAAGUAUAUUGAAAACUAAAAAUUUAAAACGAGAAUGAAUCGUUUUACACUGACUCGACAAUUAGAACUGCCAUCGGCUCCUACUCAAUUCUUUGCAGGAAAUCACUUGAAUCGUUUAGCUUUUCUUCGUUCGAAUAGAGAAUUUUUGCAAAAAGCCUUUUGUUCCCCCACCACUAAAUUCCUUCCUUUUAGCGAUCUAAAUCCUGCUUUGAAUGUCAAGGAAGAAAAGCUUUUUACCUUGUCUUAUCCUCAGAUUUCCAAGUACUUUCAUGUUUCUCCCUUUGAGAUUUCAGACAAGCAGUUAGCUGAAAAGUAUAGCAAUCAUGCCUUUUCUUUACCUUCGUUAGUCUUUUUAGGUAAUGACGAAAAUGGCAACGCUGGUCAAGAAUGGGAGCACAAUAACGUUUUCGCUCUAGACGUUACUGAAAUUGAAGAGCUUCAAAAACUUGUUCAGGAUAGCGGUGCUGUUUUUGUAAAUCUUCGUGAUAUUUUUUCGCAGGGUUACAAAUUACAAGCCUCCGACUCCGGUGUUUGUGCCUUUGCUCGAUCUCUCCUAGACUGGAUUUCGAGAUACAAAUUUUGUCCAGGAUGUGGUUCAAGGAACAUGCCUACUCAGGGCGGCACAAAAUUAGUGUGUUCAAAGGCUAUCAUGGACCCUACAUCUAACUGUCCAUCGAAACAGGGUGUUAACAAUUAUCAGUUUCCUCGAACUGAUCCAUGUGUUAUUAUGGGUGUUCUCUCACAUGAUAUGAAAUCUAUUGCUCUCGGCAGAGCUGCAAGACAUCCUCCAGGAUUAUACGCUUGUUUGGCAGGAUUUUUGGAACCCGGUGAAAGCAUUGAGGAAGCCGUUAGUCGCGAGGUUUAUGAAGAGUCGGGCCUUGAAGUUGAAAAAGUUUUGUAUUAUACUAGUCAACCUUGGCCUUUCCCUCAAAGCUUGAUGUUGGGCUGCUUUGCGAUCGCCAAGAAGGAUGCUAAGAUAUCUAUGGACAAAGAUUUGGAACUAGAAAAUGUGCGUUUUUUUACGAGAUCGGAACUUUUAAAUUCGCUAGAAUGGAGUUCAGAAUCUCAGCCUGCUCCAAUCCGUUUCCCCCCAGAGUUUUCAAUCGCCAGAAAUUUAAUAAAGGCUUUUGCGUAUGACACUUAUAAUUGAGUCUUCUACGAAAAGCAUAUAUAGUGAAAAUGAAAAGAUUUUAUUUAUACGUAUUAGAACCAGUCUUUAUCCAUAUAGGCAUCAUUAUAAACGGAUAUGACAAUAAAUAAACAUACCAACCAGAA